AUGGCGGAUGUGUGGCUUUAAUGUAAAUAGUGACGGUAUUAAAACACUGGCGGACUAUUUCCGUGGCGGAAAGGUGAUCUGUAUUUUGCCGGGAAAAUACAAGACUUAAUUGGUGUGCACUCAGUCUUUAUUCAAUUGGAGAACAGUUAAAAGAAAGACGUUGAAGAAAAGCGGACAGUUUAAAGCCGGCACUUCACUUUUUAUUUAAAAGAAUAUUUGGAAUGUUUUACAAGAUGGACUAUAUACUCAACGUUGCAAUAUUGUCACUUAUAGCUGGGGUUCACGUUCAACUUUCAUAUGCGCAAUGUGAAGAAAAUUUAAUACCAGCUGUAUUGGAUUCGAUGACGUCAUCGAGCGUUAAUGAUGUCAGUGACAAAACAACCAAUUACGGUGCAGGUCGCGGGGUCAUCAACGCAACGCAGGUCAAGGACGCUCAUGGAAUCACACAGAUGGGGGCCUGGAUCCCAGAGAAAAGCAAUUUAAACCAGUGGCUUCAAAUCCAGCUGAAGGAGCCGGCGUUAAUUCGGGGGCUGGAGACGCAGGGUCGGGAUGGUGAGGGACAAUGGGUGGACAAAUACCGGGUUCUGUACAGUGCGGACUGUAAGCAUUGGCACACCGUCGGGGGCUUCAAUGUCACUGAUAUGUUUUUUACGGGAAACAGUGACGACAAGUCUACGGUGAGGAAUAUGUUCCACUGCCCGGCGAUUGCCAAAUGUAUACGGGUCCAGCCCCUGGGGUGGAAUAAAGACAUCGCCCUCAGGGUCGGGCUCGUCGGAUGUCCUCUUGGAUCUGUCGCCGCAAUGAUGACAACACAGCCGACUACCACCACCACUACGCCAGCACCAACAACGACGCCAACCACAACAACGACACCAACAACGACCAGCACAACAACGACGCCUACGACUACUACAAGCACUACCACCACCACAACGACACCUAAAAUGAUGACAACAAAAGCACAGACAACAAAGGCCCCCAUAACUACUGCCAAUGUAGUCACACCCUCGACCACAGCGUCCAGUCUGCAAAAGACAGGCGGGAAGUGCAUCAGCUCAUGCAAGGGUCUUGCGAACGGGGACUACCAGUCUUGUAACAGAUGUGACGUGUACAUCACGUGCGUGUGGUGGAGCAUGUAUGGCAACCGACCCUGUCCCAAGAUGCAAAAGUGGGAUGACAACCUCAAGCGCUGCGGCAUAAAGUCAGACACGUGUCCUUAAAGACGUAUAUGACGUCAUACGCUAGAUAAAGCUACACACUACUUUUGAAUAUACAUUUGCAAAUUGUUAAAUUAUUAUUUCACGCAGUAAGAACUAAACCCUUUUAUGUUUUAUGUAGCCGACUGCCAUGAUUAUUGAAAGACAAGUUAGACUUGAUAAUAAUAAGAUCAACGCGCACUAAAAACAUGCGCCGACAUUCAGCAGCGUAAAACUAGAAAAAUAUUGUUUAUAAGCUAUAAUCAGAAAUCAUUAUCUUUUCUUCAGCUUUAUUGUCAGAAUAAAAACUUUUUCUAUCAUACUGGAGCAUUUUAGAUGAAUUAUAAGGAGUUAAAAUUGUUCAUAUCCAAGAUAUAUGUAAAUGAACACUCUUAAUUUGAAACUAAUAUUUGCAUCUUUUAGUGGCAUGCAACCUUUAAACUACACGUGUGUUAGACGAAUCGUUUAUGCCCUUUUUAUAAACUGAAUCGAAUAAAAAAAACAUGGCCAGCAUUUUGUAGAUUUCUAGUAUUGUUCCGGUAGUUUUCAGUUUCCAUGUAUUGUUAAAUUAUUUAAAAAACCCCACAUAUAUUCUGCUGGCAGAAUUUUUUUCCCCAACGAUAAAAGCAUAAUAAAUAUUUGAGCAAGAAAAACAUA